AUGCCCCGUGACAGCAGCCGUAUCUCGGCCACCAGACCCGUAUUUCCCCGCUACCUGCUGCCGACAUUUGCCUUUUCCCUCGGCCGGCGCCGGUCGGCUUCUCCAUCGUCGUCAUCCCACCCGCCGCCGCCGCCGCCGCCGCCGCCGCCGUCACCACCCCACCGCCGACGGUGGCGCCUGUCCCGCGCCGCCGCCGACACCCUCCGCUGCAUAAACUGCUCGACCGACCUGGCCCUGGCCUCGCAGAUUGUCUCCAAGGGCUUCACGGGCCGCUACGGCCGCGCCUUCCUCGUCGCCCCGCCGUCGGCCCCGGCCGAGGACCAGGCCCUCGUCAACAUCCGCGUCGGCCGCAACGAGGACCGCCAGCUGGUCACGGGCUGGCACGUCGUCGCCGACAUAUGCUGCGCCACCUGCUCCCGCAAGCUCGGCUGGAAGUACGUCGACGCAAAGGAGAACUCGCAAAAAUACAAGGUCGGCAAGUACAUCCUCGAGGUCGAGAGGGUCGUCACGCACCGCCGCUGGGAAGACGUUGCCGCCGAUGACGACCGGGGCUUAGUCGACGACGGGCUGGCCGCCGAGGAUGCGGGCAGAGACGGCCCGGAGAUUGUGUUUGACUCCGAGGACGACGACGAGUGCGAUGACAUCUUUGCUGGCGUGUGGGACGCGGCUACGGUGGCAAAGAGGAGGAGCCAGACAAUUGCAAAGCGCGUGCCUCCGACUGCAGCAUAA